ACUUAUCGAUCUAAACGAUACGAAGAAAUGAAAGUGAACUCGUGUCUGUGAUCGAUGUCGGUGUGAACUGACACUGUUAGUACCGUGUUAAAUUGAUUUAAAAACACGGUAAUGCGUCUUUUAAUGGUCGUCCGCUGAAGAUAUGACGUUCUGCGUGGCGCUCACGUGCUGAUCAACGUAGUGAACUUCUGUCACUGUUAUUUUUAGUUCAUUUUUUAACUGUGCAAUGGAGUCUCUGUCAGGGAAUUAUAUUUCUCAGCUGAACGAGUACCAGCAGAAGACACAGUGCACCGUGGAGUAUGAGGAGGGAUCCACAGAUGGACCGAGUCACAACAAAACGUUCACUAUGAGGGCUAUAGUUAAUGGGCAGCGGUAUCCUGAGGGCACUGGGAAAUCCAAGAAAGAGGCAAAGCUAAAUGCUGCCAAGAACGCCUAUGAUGGCAUAAAAAACACUCAAAAUACUGAACCUACAACGUCAUCUGUUCAAAACACUCCCAACAAUAUGACUGUAUCUCAGAGAAAUUAUAUUUGCUGGCUCAAUGAAUAUUCAAUGAAGAACAAGUUAUUAUUCAAGGCUUGUGAGUCCACAAAUCCAGGAAACACUGCUCAAUUGGGUACUUAUGUUUGUAAGUACGUUUGUGGUGAUAGAGAGUUUCCCGAGGCUUAUGGAAAUAAUAAGAAGGAUGCUAAAGAAGCAGCGGCAAAAUGUGUUUAUGAAGAGCUACUCAAAACACAAGAUGCAGAGGUCUUCAAUGACAAAAGCAAUCGAACACAGAUGUCAGAGGUUGCGUCUCGUAGUGCUAGCCUGGACCGUGCCAGUUUGAGUUUUGCUGAUGAAUCUCGAAGCACCAUCCCUGACAGCAACUACAUAGCACGUCUCAAUGACUACAGCCAGAGAUAUAAACGUGCACUUGAUUUUAAAUUAGUGGAGAAACGAGGCCCUCCUCACAACCCUGAGUUUGUAUAUAAAGUUGUCAUAAAGGGGAAGGAAUACCCUGAAGGACAAGGAAAGAGCGCAAAAGAGGCAAAGCAACAUGCUGCUCUGCACGCUUGGAGCGAAAUUAAUGAGCAAUCUGGAAGGACCACACAGAGUUCUGAAAAUGACAGCUCUUCACAAACUCAAGAGACAUCUAAAUCUCAGGAUGCACAACACUCUUCAAAAAGCUCGUCUGAAACUCCCAGCUCAAGUUCUUCCAUUGUCUUCAAAGACUCAUCUGCUGUCAGUUCUCCUAUGGCCAUAAGUCCGAGUGUGAGUCCACUGGAUGUGAAGCCGAAAAUAAAAUUAGCACCAAAUUUUCAUCUGUCACCAAAUGGCCUGGCCGGGAGUAAAGAGGUUGGUCCUAACAUGAAUGUACAAAACCCAGCAAAGCCAUCUGGAGGUCAAACUUCAAACCAAGCUAUGAAGUCAAGGUUUUUAGAAGACUUUGACUCAAUAAAUCCAAUUGGCAAAGGUGGCUUCGGCCGUGUUUUCAAGGCAAGACGAAAGCUUGAGAACACAUAUUAUGCAGUGAAGAUAGUGAAGAGUACAAAAAAAGCUCGUCGUGAGGUCGGUGCUUUGGCUAAGUUUAAUAACGUCAACAUCGUCCGCUACUACUCAUGUUGGGUCGAAGACACGACGUACAGACACGAUUCUUCAGAGAGCUACAGCCUCUCAGAUUCUGGCAGUGACCCGGGAACAAAGUUCCUCUACAUUCAGAUGGAGUUUUGUGAGGGAGACACGCUUCAUGCCUGGAUUGAUAAAAGAAACUCUUCAAAUGUUCAUGACCCAGAGAGGAGGACGGAGGCAGCACAGAUCAACAGGCAGGUGCUGAAGGCCGUGGAGUACAUCCACAAAGAGGGCUUGAUCCACAGAGACCUGAAGCCUUUGAACAUAAUGUUCAGCAGUGAGGGAACAGUAAAGGUUGGAGACUUCGGCCUCGUGACCGCAGCAGAAAAUGACAAUGACCAGCAACUGCUGGAACGGACUAAAAGGACAGGAACCCGUAUUUACAUGAGCCCAGAACAGGCGAAUCAAACAUCGUAUGACAGAAAGGUGGAUAUAUACGCUCUGGGUCUCAUUUAUUUUGAACUCAUCUGGAAUCUCUUCACGUUGCAUGAAAGGAAAAAGAUUUGGGAUGAAAUAAGAAGUAGGGAUUUUCCAUCACAGUUCUCCAAGAAAUGUAACUUUGAGCACAAGCUCAUAGAUCGAAUGCUGAGUCCCAGUCCUGACGAGAGACCAGACGCCUCCGAGCUGAUCAGUGAGCUGGACCGAUAUACUAACAUCCUGAAAGCAGAUAAAGACAACAGGACCAUUUCUCUAGACCGAGCAGAGAAGGUUGAAGACAACACUCUGAACUGCAUUAAAAACCUUGCGGACCGAAGCGAAAUGUCUGCCGAUACUGAAAUAGAGAGAAAUAUCUGUGACUUCUUGAGGCGAAACGGCAAAAGCACAGCUUUGAUAAUUGCUAAAGAAAUCGGACCAGAUAAACGCACCGUGAACAAGCAUCUGUACAACCUAGAGAGAUCAAAUCAGGUGUUCAAAACUGACGAACAGCCUCCUGUUUGGGGCCUUAUGGAGAAGAAGAAUGAGAUCAAACCAGAGCUAAAGUCUCAGACGACCAGAGACACAAGUGAAGUGAAAGAUGUGGAGGAUCUGCUGAAGAGAUCAGGAGGUUUAAAAGCCCAUCAGAUCGCCACAGACCUGGGACAGCCGAAACAAACCAUCAAGAAACAGCUGUACAGUAUGAUGGACAAGGGUAAAGUACAGAAAUGCAGCAGAAGCAACAUGUGGACUCUGAAUGAGGAGUGGAGCCAUGAUAGUUUCAGCCAAGAGAGUUCCUGUCCCAGUGAUCAUGGACUGGACUCAGUUUCAGGAUUGUCUCACAGUUUUGAUGUGAUCGCAAAACUUGGUCAAGGAGGCUUUGGCUGCGUUUAUGAAGUAAAACAUAAAUAUGAUGGCAAGAUCUACGCUGUGAAGAGGGUCAUCUUAACCAGGAAAGCUGAUUCUGAGGUGAAGGCACUGGCCCGACUAGAUCACCCAAACAUAGUGCGUUACAUCACAUGCUGGCCAAGUUCUGACAACUGGACUUCAAACCAAGAAAGAAACCAAGUGUCCAACACUUCAUCAGAUGCAGUGACCUUUGAGAGAGACGGCAGUGAAGAGAGGGAUGAUGAUGACGAUGAUGAUGAUGAAGAUGAAGAUGUCACAUCAGGAAUGGAAAGUCUGAGUGUGACAGAAUCAGCAUCCGCUGCUGCUGAGCCCUCAGGAAACAACAGAACUGACAGUUUAGACUCUUCAAAUCACAGCGGGACAUAUUUAUUUAUUCAGAUGGAGUUCUGCGAGGGAGGAACACUGACUGAUUGGAUAAAGGCGAGAAAUUUUAUGGAAAAACAAAGAAUCAUAGUGGAAAUCCAUAAAAUAUUUUAUGAAAUUAUCACUGGAGUGGAAUACAUCCACGCAAACAAGCUCAUCCACAGAGACUUGAAGCCUGAUAACAUACUGUUUGGUGCUGAUGGCAAAGUGAAGAUCGGAGACUUUGGGCUGGUGGCGGCUCAGACGGAUCAAAAUGGUGACCCUAUAGAGAGGUCAAACAGAGGAACACCAACUUAUAUGAGUCCUGAACAGAAAAAUAAGAAGAAUUAUGAUGAAAAAACAGACAUUUUUCCCCUUGGACUCGUAUGGUUUGAGAUGAUCUGGAAAAUAUCUACUGGUAGUGAAAGAGUAAAGCUGUGGCCGGAUCUGAGAGAUCAAAGGUUUCCAGAAGGGUUCAGUGAUAGUUGUCAAACUGAGAGUAAAUUCAUCAUGAAGAUGUUGUCGUAUUCACCAGAGCACAGGCCACAUGCAAAAGACGUAAAAGAAAAGCUGGAGAAGUUUUUCCCUCUGGAUCAGAAUCUGUUAAGCCAGAAAACCGUCUGAGAUUUUUGUGCAUAGAAACUGUCUCAGCAGUUUGGUCAGGUCCCUUCAUAAUAAUGAACUACCACAGAGUACGUCUGACAGGCAACAGCUUUUUGGUUAUGAUGAUUUAAUUGAUUUAUUCAUGAUCUAAUGAACUAUUUAAUGUUCUCUGAUUAAGGUGAUAAUAUAAAAUGUGGAACAUUUGGGGAGUGAUUUUAUAAAAAAUAAUGUGAAAUAACUUUCAGAUUUCUACUAGAUUUCUUCUAGUAUAUUUUAAAAGUUUCAUUCUGUUUUCAUCAUAAAAAUACAUUAUAUUGAUGUUGUGAGGCUACUUUUAGAAAUCCCAACAUGAAUGUAAUUUCACAACGUCAUUGUAAUGUUAGCUGCAUAAAAUGAACAUAGAUUUACAUCUUAAGUGUAAUUGCAACUAAAAGAUAAUCGAAGUUGCAGUUGUUUGGUUACAGUGUAAACCGAAAUGCAAUAUUAUGUAAUGUGAAAACAUUUUGUGCUUGCUGGGAAGAUUGCUGCUCAAGUUGACUUUCAGCCAUCAGGCGUUUUUCUUGACAAAUAUACUGUUUAUGCUGGGUGGAAUAAAAAAAGAAAA